UUUUCAUGUUUACGGUUUCCUUUUAGCCUCUGCUGUCGGUGUAGUGAGGCACGGUAUACGAGAUGGGUCUGAAGCGUCGUACUGGAAACAAGACACCACCUAUUUUCAGCCACGAAUUUGUGAUACAAAAUCAUGCGGACAUUGUAUCAUGUGUUGCAAUGGUUUUUGUGGUUGGCCUCCUUUUUCAGGUGUCAGCACCCUAUGCAUCUGUAUUUGUAGCCCUGCAUCACAACCUUACAGAUGGCACAUUUCAAGGCCCAGAGACUCCAACAGUUGUCCACUACACAUAUGGUGUAAAGGAUGUCUUUCUGACAUUUUUCUACUUUCUCAUUGCCAUCGUCAUGCACGCUGUCAUUCAGGAAUACCUACUAGAUAAACUUAACCGUAAGAUGCACUUGUCUAAAGUGAAGCACAGCAAGUUCAAUGAGUCUGGUCAGCUACUCAUCUUCUAUUUGGUCUCGCUCACCUGGGGCAUCGACAUCAUUCGCAGAGAGGGAUUUCUGCUCAACAUAAGCAGGCUGUGGGAAGACUAUCCCCACAAUGAGAUGACGUUCAUGUUCAAGUUCUAUUUCAUCGUGCAGUUGUCCUACUGGCUGCACUGCUUCCCAGAACUUUACUUCCAGAAAACCAAAAAGGAUGAAAUGUCUUCUCGUAUCUGCUAUGCUACUCUCUACUUUCUCUUCUUUGCUGCCGCCUAUGUACUCAACUUCACUCGUAUUGCCAUCUGCCUGUCCGUGCUCCACUACUUGGUUGAGAGCGUCUUCCAUGUAUCAAGACUACUCCAUUUCGCAGACAAAGUGAAGGCUGCAUCAUACGGAUUCACCUUGUGGAAUGCUCUCUUCGUGUUCAUUCGACUAGUGUCCAUCACUCUUACUGUCUUCACUUUCUGGUAUGGCUUGGCCCAAAAUGAGAUGUCUGUGCCUGUGGGUAUCAGCACUGGAAACUUCAACACAAAUGUUGUCAGGAUGAACUGUAUUGUGGCGAUGUGUCUGCUACAAGCAUGGAUGAUGUGGAACUUUGUCAACUUCCACCUAAGGCGUAUGCGUGAGCGCUCAGCUGCCCGUCAAGCAGCCCAGGCCAAACGGCGUGUGGUGGGACCUGCACGCAAGGAACGCAAGCCCAAGAAGGAGGACUUGAAACGUCAGCAAGAUGAAGAUGUCAGUGAGCUUCCAGAAGUGGACCAGAAUGCAAAGAAGGAUCAACGGGCACGCUAUCCAGCCAGUCCUAAAGUUAAAAAGGCUUGAUCUGUGUCAUCAGGAGCAGACAUUGGGCAGCAGAUGUUUCUAAAGAAAAAAAACAUUUUGUUUUGUUAAAUUGUGCUCACAUAUUGAACGGGAGUGGGAACAGUGUUUCUUUUUUUUAAAUAAAUGAUUUUUUUUUUUUCCAAGUUAUGAUUGGAAA